AUGCCGGGCGCCACCGGCUUCGGUCGCACCUGGAGUGUGACCUGGUGCGCGUCCCGAGAGCCUGGGGAGCGGGUGGAGGGGCUCCGGAGGCGCGGGGCGCGGCCGCUGGGAUGCCGAGCCGUCCGGGAGGCCGCCGGGCGGGCCGGACAGACGCAGGGACGGCAGCCCUCGGCAGCAGGGUGUCCCCAAGACGCCGCCUCCGAAAGGGGGAGCCGCGCGCGAGGUUUGGCUCCUCCGGUCCGGCGGCCCUGA